AUGUCGGUAGCUUCAGCCUUGCCUCUCCUGUCGCCUCUCGUGACCCGCAUCCUCCAGCUUUCUGGCAUCCCUCCACAGCUCAGGACAAGGGAUUUGCAGCAGGUCUUUUCCGCAUAUGAGGACGACAGGGGCGGCUACAAGAUCAAAUGGGUCGACGACACCACCGCUUUAAUCAUCUUUGCCGACCCCGCCACAGCAAACAAGGCCUACCUGCGCACCAUCAUGGC